AUGGAGUUAGCUGAGAGGCGAGAAACAGGGAAAGAAGCAGAAAGAUUUGAAGAAGAAAUGGAAAAAGAAGCAGGAGGUGUGGUGGGAGUAGCAGAAUACCGAGAUGGCUAUGAAGAUUUGAGAAAAAAAGAAGAAAAAUGUAACGAAAACGGAAAUGAAAUUGAAUAUGAAGAUGGCGCGGGUGAUGAUGUAUGCCCCAUUUGUUUGGAUACCUUCACUAACCCUUGCAGAUCAAAUUGCGGUCACUUGUUUUGUGGGGGUUGCAUCCUACAAUUGUGGAUGUAUAUAUACUCAAUUCAACCCUGCAAAUGCCCGUUGUGCUGUUGCCGAAUUGUAAAUCUGGAGCUCCAAACAUCUGAAGAAGCCGGUUAUAGCAGUGAUGUUCGAAAGGAAGUGCAGCACUACAAUGGCCUCUACAUCUCUGGCCUCUUUGGUGCCCUCUAUAUAUUACCCUUACUUAUGGGGAGGGUGUUUAGAGUUGUAGUGGAUCUUGAUUAUUUGAGAUGCAUCUACUACGUAAUGUGCGUCAUUGGGUUGUUUCUGGGGUUACUCUAUGAACGCCUAGAGUUUGAGUUUCUACCAGCUGGAGGGUUGGGAAUCCAAAGAAUGUUCGACCUGAUUGCUAGCUUGCUUGUUGCUGCUCUUUUUCUCCUAGGUGUGGUGUAUAGAUGGAUGCUUAAACGUCGUGCAAGGCUCUUGGUUGUGGUAGAUACUUCACUCAGGAAUGUCACUUGA